CACAUUUUCAAGUCGCGCUCAAAUCACAUAAACAUCCUUUUGACUUGGUUUCCCUCUGACGUUAGUUCUGUUACAAUACGGUAUGAAAGAAGUAUGAAAGCGGAAGGUUUACAUAUCUAGAAGUACUUGAAUUUAGUAAUGAUUGCUUUCUACAGCCCUCAUAAUUUGUAGGUACUCUCCAAGGUACCACAGUAAAGUGGUAAAGUGGCAAAGUGGCAGCUAAGUUCUGUUCCUUUUUGCAUUUCACUUACACGCGUUGACUAUAUUACAUUGAAAAAAGGAACAUAUUUAUAGGAUAUUUUCAGUAAAUUUUUAUAUUCCGCUACAUUGGUUGCCAUCAUAGCAAGGGAGCAACAAAGAUGGUAAGUAUCCACCCAGGGGUGUUAAUUCAAGACGUACCUGGGUCUACUAAUAUCCCGGGGGGGGUAGGGUUUUUCAGCCGUUUUGGUCAUAAAUUGGGUAUCGAUUUUGGCUAUUUUGCCGCCAUUUUGGUCAUAAAUAGGGUAACGAUUUUUACACUGUAGUCUUGAAUACACUUUUUUAGAAGAAGCUACUUCCUUAUCAUGUCCCCCUAACCUAAUAAAAGCAGAUAAACAUUGCCUUUAACAUUGGUGUGAACUAGGGAAAUAAUUAUAAGGCAGGUCUGAAACAGGGUAUUUAUUUAAGGGUCAGGUCAUAAAUAGGGUAUCAAAUUUUUGGGUUUUGGGAAGCGGGCCGCACACACCUACCCAAUUUUUCUGCGAGUACCCCCCGGGACUAAUAUGUACUCCCAGGGGCCCCACUCACAUAUUUUAAUGACGUGGGGGUCCGACAGAGGUUAAUAUUUUAUACCCAAAAAAAUCCCAACUUCAGAAUUUGUCUACCCCAAAAAAUCCCUACUUUUUUUAGCAUACCCCAAAAAAUCCCUCAGUGUUUUUGCAUUAGCAAAUUUUAUUAUAUAUUUUCUGGAAAGCUAAAACAUGUCAACUUCAACUUUGGUUUUAGUCAAAAACAAAACUAUACAAAAGCAAAUACAAAAAGCUCGCAUGACUGUUAUAGUGUCUCUUCACCCUAUCUUCUGCGACAACUUUACAGCAAGAUAUUCAUUAUGACAUCCACAGCAUGUCUUGUCCUUAGCACAUUCUUUGCUUGCUAUUGUACCGAAACAUUCCUAUGUAACAGACGUCAUGGCAUCAGACUUUUCACCAUGUUUUUGUGCAACUGAUAUCUCAAAAGGUGGACAGACAAUGUUAUGUUACUAAUAUUUUCAAGAGAACUUCUUCAUACAACAAAAAUGGGAUCACAACUGACUGGACCUCUUAGCUCUUGCUGGAACUCAACAGCAUUGACUCCCGGUUUGAGUUUAGUUUACAAAAUCAGUUUUCCUUGCCUUUGUUUUUACAUUUCUCUCUGGAUUAGAUGCGUGUGAAGUGCCGGUAAUUACUUUUCACAUAGAUUACAAUCUCAGAAAUAUCCCGUAAUUUCACACAAGCAGUAAAUUGUGCUUAUGUUAUUGUUGAUUUGAGCUGAUGAAAAAUACAAUACCCAAAAAAAUCCCUGUGUUGUUUUUGCGACCCCAAAAAAUCCCGGCAUCUUUCAUAGACCCCAAAAAAUCCCUUUUGGCCAAAAUGUCAGACCCAAAAAAAUCCUUCGGACCCCCCGUCAUUAAAAUAUGUGAGUGGGGCCCCUGGGUAUGUACUAGUGUCUAGUUUACACUAAAACAGGAAAAGGGAGAGGGACGAAUGUGUGGGUGUAAUUUGAGACCAUUUUAGCAUACAAAAUGAUGGGUACCCUGGAAGCAGUGGUUUCUCCAGGCCGGACGCUAUGGUAGCGUCCUGCGUGGAGAAACACUCUACUGUCCCAAAAGAUCUUAACAAACAGUUCUCUGUCCUUAAGAAGUGCAAUAACAAGUUCAAGCGGUUAGUGCAUAAAAUUUUGCUAAUUAGGAAACUAACACCUUCUCUUAAUUAAUCGGACUCAAUUCAAGCAAAACUUUUUGCGUGACUUUUGUUUAUUAUUUUCAUAUAUGCUAAUCAUCAGCGAGAAAACCAUUUUUGACAGUUUAUCAGCAAGCAAUUUGAACUUGAAAAUGGUGUCAAGAUGACAGCGAAACAUCUUUCUUUCUUGUCCACAUUUUGUAUAUUUAUAUUCAUAAAUCUCUUUAUUUUUCUGUAGGUUACAUUCAUGCAUAGUCUUGUGACAACUAAAUGACUGACGAUUUUGGAAAGCAAUAAUGGAAGAAUCUUGUGAACAUCACAGUACACAUGUAUGCGAUUGUUCAUCAAAGCCUUCAUUAUAUACCCAGUCUUUGACUGAAAUGGACUUUGAACGAGGCAUCUGGCAAGCUGCUCUUGACAACAAUGUGAAACGGAUCACCACAAUUUUGGACAAGGGAGGGGACCCUGAUGCACAAGAUGGUUCAGGAUAUACAGCCCUGGUGAGAAAGCUAGUUUGUGGUAGAUAUUUGUUUAGCUAUAAUUCUCAGGGCCUUUCUGUUGUUCUGUAGUGGAGAUGAAAUUCCAUACAUCUUUGCCAGUAAGUGUUUUAUUUUUUUAUCCCCUAUUCCCCAACCACCAACUCUACUACAUGUUUUCCAUGUGAUUCCAUAUUCUUUCUAGCAUUAUGCUAGUCAAUGAACAUCUUCUGUGUGUGGUGAGGGGAUUAGACUAGGAGGCUCUACGCUUGUCAGAGACGUAUCAACAGUUCUCCUAAAAACUGUACCGACUAAACCAUUCUUUCUGAAACGAAAAAUUUUAAAACUAUUUUGAGAAGCGGUACAAAUCGAAAUCUGUGCCGCUUGUCACACUCAAAGUGAUGGAUUAUGUUACGUGUGAAAUCAUGCAGAAAAUCAACCUUUAGACAUCAACGCACGCUUGUUUGUUUCAUACAAAAAACAUUUUCUGUGAAGUUUAGUGAACUCUGACUCAACAAGCCAACACCAAAAAUUUUUUGCCUGCUUAACUAAACACUGUACUAGAAGCGAGAGUGCCUGGCCGAGUGACUGGGAAUUUUUUUUUCACUUGCGUGAAGCUUAAUGUUAGUUGCCUUGGGCCACCCGGUGCCGUUAGAGCACAGCCUUGUGGAGGUAUCAAUACUGGUGACAUUGCAUAGGCUCACUUGCACUUCUGGAAAUUGAUGAUCAAACCAUGUUGUGAACUCUUUGCCAUUCAUCUUUUUAGCAUUACGCUAGUCGCAGUGGCCAUAAAGAUGCUUGUAGUUUGCUUCUUGAGAGGGGAGCAGAUGUGAAUGCUCAAACUAGGUCAGGCAGGGCAUCAUCUCUGCACAGAGCAGCAUACUCUGGACAUGUGACAGUGGUGAAACUUCUCAUCAAAUAUGGGGCUGAUCCCAGGCUGAGUGACAGUGAUGGACAGACUCCAUUGCAUAAGGUACACUAAUAUUAUUUGUGUCUUUAUUUCAUAAUUUAUCAUUGACAGUAGCAGUGUGAGUGAAACAGGCAGAAACCACCAUAGCCUAAUAUAAUUAACAUUUUGCUAACAGCACCUGCUGGAGGGGGGUGAGGGUACCUUGGAUUUAAAGUGACAGGAAUGAUUGAGUAAAAAUGAAAGUUGAGCCCCUCAAAACAACUUGGGCUAGAAGCAAGAUCCCAAAAAUCCUUUGGCCCAAAAUUGAACCUCGAAAAGUCACAUCAUCAGUAUGGAAUUUCUGUGCUCUUUUCUCAGACAUCAUUUUGCUGGGAAACCUCUGGUGGCUGCGCAAAAUGUUGGCUAUUUUUUCAGGCUAAGUACAAUGGUUUAGUUUCCUUUUUAUUCUUACUACUUUUUACACUUGGGGGUGUGACUGAUUUGUUUUCAUUAACUUAUUUUCAGGCUGCUCAGAAGGCGCACAAAGAAGUUGUUGAAUUGUUGUUAGAUUUGGACUCUAGUCUUGUGAAAGUGAAAGAUAAGAAUGGAAGAAAACCAGCUGACUUUGUUCCCUCACAUGAACAGGAACUACGACACAUGCUAAAAGCUGAAUAAAUUGUGCAUGUAUUGGUCAGUGAAUUUAAGGAAAUGCCAUCCUUGGCAUUCAUUGUGAUACUUUUCUUACAAAAUUGACGUUUGUUCCUACUCUUAUCAACAUUAGAACAGGAGAAUAGACCGGUUGGUGAUGAUGAUGAACUUAGAUAAUGUAAGUGUCAAGAAAUCUUGUAGCUGGCCUGAUAAGGCCUGCUAAUAGGGAACAUUUUAUUUUCCUACGAAAGCCAGAAAAACUCAAAGAUGAAAAAAAUGGUGCUGCCAUUUAUAAUCUUGAGUACCCCCUGGCUGUGCACAACCUUCUUUUCUCUUGGUUCACACAUUGUAACUGAAUAAAUGAAGGGGCAGUUUCAAUAGCGAGUUACCUCAAAUAUGCCCCCUUUGUGGUUAGUGUUGAUGACAGACUCCUCAUACAUUAUCUCUUCUCAGGGAAAGAAGUGGAAUCAUUGAUAGUAAAUAAAGAUAAAACACCUUUUAAAAACCAGUAGUGUAUUUAUUUGCAUAAAUAAACAAGAGAUUGUCC